AAUAAUAAUUCACAAUUUCAUUUUUUUUUUCAAAUCAAUCAUAUAUAUAUAUACAUCUAUAUUAGUGCUCGUAUUUCUAUAAUUCUAGUCUUUGUAAAUUUCACGCUAAUUAUUAUUAUUAAAAAAAAAAAAAAAAAAAAAAAACUUAGUGCCUCUUUAAAUAAGUGAAUUAAAAAAAACGCAAACAAAAAAAAAAUAUAUAUAUAUAUACAACAAUACAAAUUAUUCAAUUAUUAAAGAGAAAUCGCCAUUAAUAAAUGCCAACCAGUGUUUGCACAAAACAGCUGAUCGAUGAUUAAAUUCCAACUGAAAUAAUUAAAAAUAAAACUAGUUGCCAAUUUUUCAUAAAACGAUUGUCAAUUUUUUUGUCUUUUGGGGUGAAAAAGCUCAUAACAAUAUACAUAUAUACAUAGUGUGCGUGUGAAAUGUGUGGAAUUUUUCAAAAAUAAAACGAUUGACGCCCGGCGAAAAAAAAUAAAACAUUUUUCCCAAUCUUCUACUGUAAACGAAUUUGACAAUUUGAAAAAAGGUCUAUGUACGGAUCACAGAAUUCAGUUGACCAAGGGGAAAUUGGGAGCACUUCUCAUUGGAGAAGUUCCGGCAGUGGCACAUUGGAAUCUAUGAAAUCGUCCGAAAGUGCAAACGAGGAAGACAUCACUUCCGAAUUUAAAUAUUUUCAACAUUGACCACAAAAUUAGAAAGCAAAAAAAAGAAGAAAAAAAAGUCUAGUCCAUUUUUAAUUUCUAGAUUGAUUUUUAUUUUAUAUUAUUAUUUUUCAUAUUCUCAUCAAAUUAUUUCUUGUUGAGCAUUUUCUUUAUUUUAUUUUAAUUUUUUUUUUUUUUUUUUAUUUUUUUUGAAAUACUUAAACUCUGGAAUGCAGUGAGCGAGAGAUAAGAAAAACACGAGAAGAAAGAGAUCGUCAUCUCGGCAAAACGAAUUGCUGUGCAAUAGAAAUAGUUUUUUUUUUCUUUUUUUUUUUAAGUGCAAUAUAGCCAAGAGGGGCUAAAUUCAUCAUGCAGCAGGAUAAGGAUCACGAUAAUGGAAUUAAUAUCAAGUUCAAGAGCGAUAGAGACAAAAAGGGAGAGUACAAAUUAAUUGCAAAGAAUGGAGGCAAAAAUUAUCAUAGAAAUCAAAAAGUUGCAAAUGGAAAAAAUCAGGGUGAAAUGGUACCACCGGAUGGCGGUUGGGGUUGGUUUGUACUCUUAGCAGCGGUGAUGGUAAAUCUUUUAAUUCCUGGCACAGUUAAAUCAUUUGGAGUUUUAUUUGUCGUUUAUCUUGAGGUUUUUAGUACAACACCAUCAGAAGCUUCAUGGAUUCCAGCGCUUUGUUACUUUCUUUAUAGUUCUUUAGGCCCUUUAUCAAGUAUACUUUCUGUCAAGUAUUCAUAUCGAACAGUCACAUUAAUUGGUGGAACUUUAGCUGCUGUUGGAAUGAUGUUGAGCUUUUUCGCCAAUUCAGUUUCAUUUCUCUAUGUCAGUUAUGGACUUCUUGUUGGUGCUGGCGCAGGUUUGGCCUUUCCACCAACUGUUUAUAUCGUGACCUCAUACUUUGUAAGGAAACGAGGCCUCGCGAAUGGCCUCUGCAUUUCUGGAAGUGCCAUAGGUUCAAUUAUUCUUCCCCCACUUCUCAGGUUUCUACUGCACGAAUACGGAUACAGAGGGUCUGUUUUAAUAAUGGGUGCAAUAAUGUUAAAUGUAUGGGCAAGUGGUCUUCUUUAUGAGCCAGUGGAAAAUCAUUUGAUACCAGCAAAAGUGACAACAUGCGAGGAAAAUAAUGACGAUGAUGAUGAUGAUAAUGAUGAUGAAGUUGUUGAAGAGGAAGGCGAGGAGGAAGUUGAAGAAAAUGAAGAUGUUGGAGAAAAUCAUAUUGGAACAACAACAAUAACAGUAACAAGUCCUGAUGAUGAUGAUAAAGUAAAAAAUCAUCAUUUAAUUGUCGCUAAUAAUUCAAAUAAUUCAAAAACCAAAGGAAAUAAUGCAGCAACGCCAUUUGUUCCAAAGAGUGCCUCGAGUGUUGCUCUUGAAAAUUAUAAAAAUUCACCUGUUCAAGGUAGAAUGAGAAAAAUUAGUAUGCCAACGCCAAGUGCAAGAGAAAUUACUGGUCAAAUGCAUAGUACACCGGCAUUACAUGUUGUACCCGAAAGAACAAUAAGACGACGUACUGGACAACCACCAAAAUCACCGAGUUCAUCGUCUUUUCAUUAUGUCAGCACACCUUAUCAUGGAAGCACAUUGUCAGCCCUACAUCCAGAGCAUGCAUCAACAUUAACAUUAAAUGCAAUAUCAAGUACAUUCCGUAAAUCACCAGAGAAAAAAGCCGGUAAACCAAUAAAAGAACCAGAGACAAAAUUUUUUGACUUUAGCCUACUCAGGGAUCCAUUAUAUUUAGUAAUAUUGAUCUCAAACUCAACAAAUGCAUUGAGCUAUACAAAUUUUGUGAUUUUACUGCCAAAUUAUGCGAAUGAUUUAAAAUAUACAAAAAAUGAGGGUAUGCUAUUAUUACCAAUUGUAUCAGUAUUUGAUUUAAUUGGUCGUAUUGGUGGUUCAGCGUUGUCUGAUAAAAAUUUAAUGCCAAAACAUUGGUAUUUUGUUGGUGGUCUAUUAAUAUCGGGAAUAUCAUUAACAAUAUUACCAUCGGCGACAAAUUAUAUAAUAUUAUCAAUUUACAGUGGUAUAUUUGGUCUUGCUUCUGGUAUUUAUGUUGGUAUUACUGCUGUUAUAAUGGCCGAUAUGCUUGGUACAGAAAAAUUAACAUCAUCCUAUGGAAUUUCAUUAUUUGUCAAUGGUGUUGUACAAUUAGUUGGACCACCAAUUGUUAAUUCAAUUUACGAGAGAAUAGGAACACUUGGACCUAUAUUUUCUGUUCUUGGUAUUGUAUUAAUUGUCGGCGCCUCACUUUGGGGUUUUGUUCCAUUUAUUCGACGAAAACCAAAUCGAGCUGAUCAGGAAUUUGAAAAAUGUUAAAUUUCCCAUUUUUUAAUUUUGCGAAAAGAAAAAAAAACGAACAAAAAAAUUCGAUCCAAUUCUUUGGAAUUUUUAGGGAAUAUUAAUUUCUAGGGGGAAAAAAAAAAAAAUUAGGCGGGAGAUUAUUCUAUUACAAAACUCCACUUUUAUCACAAAAUAUUAACAAAAAAAAUUUUUUUUUAAAAGAGGAAAAUUAAUUUUAACACUUAUAAUGAUUCGACAAUUUCAAUUAAUAGUUUUAUUUGUAAUUAAUGACGAAAUAUUUAAUGAAUUAUUAAAUAAUUUUAAUUUAUAGUAGAAUUAAAUUUCUUUUUACAUUUGAUUAAAUUUUCUUUAUAUAGUUUUUAUAAUAUU